AUGGAUGAGAAGGCACGCAGACCCCAAAAAGGCACGCGAACGCUGAAGAGUUGCGAUUUGCUUCAAAGACAGAGAUCAACGUAUUCUGGAUCGCUCUGGCGAUGCCACACCCGUUCCCCAAACGGCAACGAGGUGACGCCCGGCAUAGAACUGCCACAUACAUACAAUGCGGCCCGACAGCAUUUGCUACACAAUGCCUCUUCACCUACUCUUGAACCGGUGUCAGGAAGGACGGACAAUCACUACGAACUUCCUGUCAUGACCAAGACGACGGCAAACAAAAAGCUAGCUUCUCUCCCCUUCAGCGGCGACGAAUUUGACCUCGCCGUCGGAGCCAGACUAGUACAUGACCUCGAUACAGGCAUCAAAGUGGCGAUCCGAGUGGCUAUACCGGCUUGA